UUAUUUAAUAAAUGUCAAAAAGUCUCCUAAGUUGGGGGAAAAACAAUUUGUGGAUAACUAGGUCCCGAUUGUUAAAAAUGGAGACUAAAACAGAGCUGUAGCAUCUCAAUAAUGGAAAAUUGUUUACCUAUAAAUUUUGUUUAAUUAAACAUUUGUAUUUAUACAUUUGUGCUUAAGGUGAUUUGAUCAUAUGUGUAAAAAAAGUUUCAUAUAAUAUUGUGCAGCCAAAGAUUUUGCAACACUUAAGAGUUGUUAAAAAGUUAACUUUAAGGCGAUUCACUUGCAUAGAGAUUACAAUAUAACUUGUAUUGUGGUCGUUAAAAUUUAUUAUGGAAUGGACGCGCGAGAGAACACUUACUCUUAUUAAUGAAUACCGUAAAAGACGAGGUCUAUGGGAUAUGACACAUGAUGAUUAUAGGAAAAAGGAUAUAAAGCAGAAUCUUUUAAUAGAAGUUAGUAGUAGUCUUGGAGGAAGCAUAUCAGUUAGCGAGAUCGAAAAGAAAUUUCACACAUUGCGCACUCAAUACCAUCGCGAAAUAAAUCGAAUGAACCGUAAAGAGCCAUACAACUCAAAAUGGUUUGGUUUUAAAAACUUGCAAUUUUUAAGUUCUCCAAUGGCUCGGAGGUUGUCGAAGGGUCGUAUUAAAAAUGAAAUUACGGAAGAUGGUACAGUUACGGCCAAAUAUAUUAUUAGAGAUUCUAAUACUCAUCAUCACGAUAGCAGCGGUAGUUCUGGGAAUUUAAAUAACAAUGUGAAUGAAGAAUUUUUGACAAUACAUCAAAAGCCUUCCAUUGCGAUAGAGCCAAUGGGCAACUCUAGACAUUACCGUAAUACCAGUCGUUCCCGCGCAUUAGAAAAAUUAAUUGAGGAAACUACCAAAGAUAUUGAUGAAACUGAUGAUAAGCCUAAAAUGACUAUUACUAUGGAACCACAAAGUUACAACAAUGAAAUGCAAGUUGAGGAGCAAAUAAGUAGCCAUCGAAUAAAUAUAGAAGAGGAUGAGGAACAAUUGGAAUCGAUUCAAUUACAGGGAGAAGAGGAAGAAAUUACAUAUACAUCUUCGACAGGGGCUGAUGGUUGCGAUGGUAUUUCUCAUAAUCAGCAAACAAUACCUACACGUAUUAUAAAAUCACAACAUAAUACGAGUAAUGAUCCUGAGAUUGAGUAUGUGGAUGAAGCUGAGCCGUCGCAUGAGGAUAAACGUAUUUUUUAUGGGAGCACAGGACAACAAACUUCUGUGUCUAUAUCAUCAACGCCAUCUGCUGCUGCACAUCCAGCAAAUAUAUUGUUAAACUCCAAAAUCAAAAUCCCCAGUCAUCACAAACAACAAUUAUUAGGGCGAAAUCAAGAUAAACCAUCGAAUGCAAAUUCUGGAGCGCAAUUAUUUCAUUCAUCUGGUCCUAUACGUGAUGAAUAUACAACUUAUGGCGAAUAUGUAUCUAAUGAAAUGCGCAACAUAACAAAUCGUGAAGUAUUAUUGGGUCUUAAACAUAAAAUAAAUACUGCUCUAUUUGAAGCUCAAAUGGCUGAACUACGGAAAUGAAAAAAAAUUGCAAAAAAUUCGUAUUCAUGUACAUAUAAAGCUAUCCUUAUAUUAAUGUAUACAUAUAUUUAGUUGUCUCUUACGAAAUACAGUUGCAGUCGACUCAAAUUAUUAAAUUUUAAUGGGAUAUAUUUCGCAAAUAUCAUUCUAUACACUUGUAGUUUUAUGUCCAUUUAUUAGUGACAUGCAGGGACGAAUUUAGUAAACAACGUAUAAUUACAAUUAUCUAUAUUUUAACAAAUAUUUCAAUACGGACCGUGAUUUAUGAAUACGACAUAUGUAUUUCUUAAGCCUCUCAAAAUUUUGGGAAAUUAUACAAUGUUGGUAAUAGCUUUAUGAUUAAAAUCUUUAUAUAUAUAAAUCUUCUGUACGUGUGUUAGUCAUUGAACUCCUCCUAAACGGCUGGACCGAUUUCACUAAUUCUUUUUUGUGUGUAUUCCAGGGGAAUUGAGAAUGGAUGAGAGAAAAAUUUAAAAAAAUUACCUGAAAAAGUCUAAUGCCCGGUUUCACAGUCCACAGUUGUGCUUAAGAUAAAAUAGGGAAAUAGUGUUUUACAGUUCAUACUUAAGUUCUGCUUAAGUACUGAAAAUGGGAGACUUAAGCAGUGCUUAAUUAACAGUUGAUUUUUGUUUUGAAUAUUGACUUAUUUGUCAAAAAAAUAAAAUAAAAAUUAUUUGCUGAAAAAUUUUUUGGAAUUUCUUGCAAUCAAUGACGGUUAUAUGCUUUCCUGCGAGUUGCAAUAGGUGCCCCCACUCGACUGCGGUGAAAUUCGGUGCCCUUUUAUUGUUUCCAUCCACUUCCUAGAUUCUAAAUUUAUUCGUCGCAAAGUUAUUUUUCAUCCACAAUAAUUUCAAUUUGUCAGAUGGUAUUUGUAAACAAAUGUAUUUCAUUGUGCUGCCAUAUAUCAUAAUAGAAUUUUAUAGAAAAUAAGCAUCGACUGUGAAACGCAAAUGACUACUCAGUCAACAACAAUGCUUAGCUAAGAUUUUAUUUGGGCACAACUUAAGUACGAACUGUGAAAUCACAUUUUUCUAAUCUCCCAUACAAACAAUUUGUAUUAUAUAGAUACAGUAUA